AGCUAAUGUCAUGAAUAUUAAUGAGCGGAAGUGACGUGUUGCUUGCGGUACGCCAUUCACAUUUGGCGAAAGUGAAAGCAAAGCGAUGUUAUAACCCAGCUCAGGUAAACGCUUCGAACACUUUGUCUGAUAUUCGGGGGUCGACGUCAGACGGAAAAGGAGGCAAAAAUGUGCAAGAUGAAGGAGUUGGUGGCACUUUUGCUUAUGGCUGUGCAAUUUCAAAACGUCAAGCCCGUGAUUCACACACUCAAGUAUAUCAACACAGCGUCGUCUCAAAUUCCAAAUUUCCCAGAGUUCUUGGCUGUCGGUUAUGUUGAUGGUGUUCAGAUUACCUACUACGACAGCAAGAGUGGGAAAUUAAGACCCAAACAGGACUGGAUGAACAAAAUCACAGCCGAGGAUCCACCCUAUUGGGAGAGAAACACACAGAUCAAUAUUGGUAAUCAGCAGGCGGCUAAAGUCAGCAUUGAAAAUGCCAAAGAGCGCUUCAACCAAACUGGAGGUGUCCACAUGGUCCAGAAAAUGUAUGGCUGCGAAUGGGACGAUGAGACCGGCGAGGUGGACGGUUGGCAACACUACGCUUACGACGGAGAAGACGUUAUAUCGUUUGAUUUGAAGGAACUGAGGUGGAUCGCGGUCAAGCCGCAAGCUGUCGUCACCAAACACAAGUGGGAACAAUUUGAUCUUCAAUUCUGGAAGUAUUACUACACUGAGGAAUGUCCUUCCUACUUGAAGAGGCACGUUCGCAAUGGGAAGGACUUCCUCAUGAGAACAGAGCUUCCGCGGAUCUCCCUGCUGCAGAAGACGUCGCGGUCGCCGGUGACCUGCCACGCCACGGGAUUCUACCCCAGUGAGGCCGCCCUGUUUUGGAAGAAGGAUGGCGAGCUCUUUGAGAACGUGGAAAUGGGCGCUACCCUCCCCAAUCACGACGGGACCUUCCAGACCACCGCCGACCUCAAAGCGGUGGACACCAACGCCAAAUACGAGUGCGUCUUCCGGCUGGCCGGCGUCCCGGAGGACGUCGUCGUCCCGCUGGACCACGCGAAGAUCCUGAGCAACGAACGCAUUGAAGCGGAAGAAAGGAGGAGGACGGCGCUGGCCGCCACUGUACCUUUGGUGCUCAUAGCCCUCGCAAUCAUCAUUUUCGUCGUCGUUUUCAAAUUCAGAAAAGCCAAAUACACCCAAACUGCCAAUUCUGAGCAAUCUUCCUCCAAGAGCGCUCCCGAGGCCGUUUCUCCUACCGCCGAGACCCCUUUAGCCGAGCCGGCUCCCGAGUGAGACACCUUUUCACGGCAUUGGAAGACGAUCGAGAUGUUCCAACGCAAGCGCGAAAAGACGGGAUUUCUUGUCCAAUUGGGCCAUAUGUGUCAUGGGGACUUUUGGGCUUCCUUUGGUGUAUUUUGGGAUGAAAUUGAUAUAUCGAUGAGAAUGAUAUAUCGCAGGCUGCACGGCAGAGGCACCUUCACUUCUCAGGUUGUGGGGGCCAUUCUAGUGGCCAGGUUGCAGGGACAAAGAAUGUUCUUGGGUGUAUGUAUAUAAAUGUUAGGGAAAUUGCACAACAUUUUAUUUGAUGUUUCCUCUAGGGAUGCAACGAUACAGUUAAAUCACGGUUCGGUGCGAUUCAAUAUAUUUAAUGCUCUGAAACAAAAAAUACAAGUUUAUUAUUUAUUUAUUUUUUGUGCUUUUUUUAUUUUGCUAACAAGCAAAAAUAACAAUGCCAUCAUAGAAAGAUGCAUUAUAGUUAGUGGUGCAACGGAUCAUGACUGGUCCGAGAUCCGUUCGGAUCGACGUCAUCGGUUCGGCACACAUGUGACCCGCGGAUUGAUUUCUGAGAAAAAAAAAUUGUGCUCUUGUGUAGAGCGGAGAAAGAGGGGAGCAGAGUGCACAGCGCAGACAUGACAAGCGGAGGAAAGGAGGAGCUUGAACGCCCCGCUACACUUAAAUCCCCUGUAUGGGUGCAUUUUGGUUUCCCUGUCAAGUAUGAUGACAAAGGAAAAAGGUCAGUGGACAAAACCGCUGCAGUGUGUACGCAUUGUGGCAUAAGAAAGCCAUAUGACGGCAGAAACACAUCCAGUAUGUUCACGCAUUUGAAGCGACAUCACCCGGGUGUUUUACUGACCGAAGAUAAAACAAAAGCUGGCAAACAACCGCUCAUCACUUUCCUGCACAAUCCGAUCAGGCUAAAGCCAUCACUAAAGCUAUCGGUGUGUUUAUAGCUGCACACAUGAGACCAUAUUCAGUUGAGCAAAACCAGGGCUUUAAAUACAUGUUGAAAGUGCUAGAGCCACGCUACGACAUCCCAUCGUGCACACACUUUAGUGAAAGGAUUGUGCCAAAUCUCGACGAGGGAGAAAAGAAAAAUGUUGCGAAUGAACUAUCCCGGGCGUCAACUGUUGCGCUCACGACGGACGGGUGGACGACCUGGGGAACGGAGAGUUAUGUCAGUACCAUCUAAAAGGGUGUUCUCAACAGCAGGGGACAUAGUGACUGCCAAGAGGUCCACACAAUCUCCAGACAAUGUUGACAUCCUUGUCUUUUUGAGGAAAAAAAAAUCUAAAAUUAUAAGCCUGGGUUUCACUCUUCUUGUUUCAGGGAAGAUGUCCUCUUAUGUUCAUUUUUGAGGUCUAUUUUAUUAAUGGUCAUUGGAACCAAUAUUAAAAGGAGAAGAUGUGCAUUUCUAAGUUGCUGUUGCACUUUAAGUUGUUAUAAUUUUGUUAAAAAGAAGAUAUUAUGCCUUGUGUACUACUUUUAUAUAUUCUAAUUUAAUAAUUUCAAUUUUCAAUAAACAAACAAAAAUUAUAUUUUAAACAAUUUUUUUUUUUUUUUUUUGCUCCUACCGCUGAUCGAAAAAAGGAGUAGCAGUGUUCAGAAGAAGCUGAUCGAGCUGGGCAUUUUGACCUGCACAUCUGGUGCCAGCUUCUCUCCAGAAAGACCAAACAUACCUCCCUGUCUGUAUUUCUUGCUAAUUUUGGAUGAGAUAAAUCUAACUAAGUUGGUUGGGGGCUCGGCGAGCUUCUCUGGACUCUUGAGAGGAAAAACAGCUGUUAUAACAGGAGACUAAAUAUGAACCGGGGCCGGAUGUAUGGGGGGGCCAGGGUGGGCACGGCCCACCCAGACGUGAGUCGUGCCCACCCAAUCAAAAUGACGGUGUUCUGUUAUGUAUAAAAGAUUGAUGGGUUUUGUGAUUGAAUACUUGAGUUUCUGAGAGGAGUCUGGCUGCAGCCCGCCUCUCUCAGUACCCUGCGCCGCUCUUCUCAGUACCCAUCCCGCAGACAGGAAAUGACGCAACACCGCAGCUCUCAGUCCCCUCAGACCGGAAAUGUCGUCAACCCUUGCGACGAAAACAAGUUACGUUAUUUCACCUCUCGCGAAAAAAACACGCUGCAAGAUCACCACCCCAUUGGGAAGAAACUAAAUCACGACCCCCAAAUGGUAGUCUUCCCAUGCAGAUACAGGGAUGUCACACAGAUCCAAAUGGAA